GAAGCCUCAUCAUUUUGACUCAAUGGACAGUAAUUACAUGUAUGAUUACAUUGAUGGAUUAUAUGAAACGGGUAGUGAAGGUGAAAACAGAUUCUACUAUUACGGGGACUUGUCACAGCUCCGUAAACCUUGGCUUACAGAAACUGAUUAUAUUCCUACGGUUAUUAUUUAUGGAUUAGCAUUUCUUGUAGGCAUCGUCGGGAAUAGUUUAGUCAUAUUCGCAAUUGUAAGUGAUAUCAAACAACGAACUAAUACGACAAUGUUUCUGUUGAGUUUGGCGUCAUCAGAUAUUUUGUUUCUACUAGUUUGCGUUCCUUACGAAAUAAGUCGACAUUUCAUCGAUCACUGGAAGCUUGGUGCCUUCUUGUGCAAACUGUCUGGUUUUAUAGAAAUGCUCACAGCUGUCCUAACAGUACUUAAUUUGACGAUUAUAAGCAUUGAGAGAUAUAUUGCUAUUGUUCAUCCGAUGAGAUCUCGUUACAUAUGUACUCUAGGAAACUUACGCCGUAUUAUUCCGCUUGUAUGGGCAACUGCCGCACUACUUUCAUCACCAGCGUUUUUCAUUAUGUCAACAGAAAUGUCAGUUUUUUACAACAAUCAAUCCUCAGUGAACAAAAUAUUUUGUUCCGACCAUGGUGUGGCCGAUGCAUUCAGGUUAUCAUUUGCCGGGUACCAGUUUGUCAUCAUGUUUCUGGUUCCCUUGAUUAUAAUGAUGAUUUGCUAUUCUAGAGUAGUACAUGUACUAUGGAUUAGUACAAAAGAAUUGGCUAAAUUAACACCAUCAGACAGGGUGUGUGACGCUUUGUUUUUGACAAGAAUAGAAACUUGUAGUCUAGGAAUGAAAACACCAGCAGUGCCAAGACUUCUAAAGAGGGCAAUAACAAGUCACAAAUCAAAGGUUCUUGCCAGCCGGAAACAGGUGAUAAAGCUUCUGCUUAUGAUAAUAGUGGCAUUUCUCUUGAGUUGGGGACCAAAACUUACCAUGAGAAUUUUACAGAAACUUCAGCUAUCAUUCCUGUUCUCUAAAUCAGCAUACGCUAUCAAGGUUUUCAUUGAUUGGUUACCUUAUAUUCAGUCCUGUAUCAACCCCCUGUUUUACUGCUUCAUGUCACGGAACUUCCGGCGAAGCAUUCGGGUGAUGUUUCAACGAAAAUUCCGACGGGAAUACACGACGAGUAACGAACACAAUGACUUCCAGACACUGACGUCAUCGUCAAGUGGCCGUCAUCUCCAUCCGGCAUACAUGCAUAUGGUAUUCCGUGAUGACCUUUGAUGACGUACUAGUAUAUUGUACAGUGCAUAGUCAGAAAUAACAAUUCUU